GCCGAAAUUGCGCCAUUCGCCCCCGGGAGCAGGAAGGAAAAGCGCAUGACCGUGUGUCUGUCAGGCGGAUGCUUUGUCCUGGAGCCGGGCAGCCAGCGGGCAAGAGGGGCCAGAGGAGCGUGCGGAGAUGAGAUGAGAGAUGAGAUGGCGGCCAUGUCUGGCGAAGAAUGCCAAAUUUGAAAUUCGGAUUGGUUUUGUAACGCAAAACGUGGUGGAAAAACAAGAACGGGCCCGAGACGCGCCAGCGUCCCCGAACGAGGCACAUUCGGGAGCGGCGGAGUGGCAGAAUGGCGCCGAGAGUGGCAGCAGGCAGCGAGGUCCUGGAGCUUUUUGCGUGGAAGAUGUCGAUCGUGGGGCGAGGUGGAUGCGAUCGUGCGGGGCCCAACGCCAUCGCCAUGCUCCCGAUCGCUGCUGCUGCUGCUGCUCUCGCAGAAUCAGUCGUUUGUCGUAUGGUCGAGUAGAGGAGGCAGCAGGCAGCAGGCACAUUGGCGCCAGGAGAAAGCGGGACGGAAAAUGGAAAAGGGAAAAAAAAGCGACACGAGGGGGGCGGAAAAAAAAAAGGCUAUCUAGGCUGAGGGAGUGAAGUGAAGGCGAUCGAUAUAUUCGGUGUCGGGGAUGUUCUGGGCUAGGCUGGGCUGGGCUGGGCUGGGCUGGAUGCGGUCUCGAGAUCGGGCGUGGCAAAGUCGCUCGCUUUGUGGCAGGCAGCAAGACAGUUGAAUUUUGUUUGAGUUGUGCGGGUAUCGAACAGUGCGCGGAGGGGAUAUUGUGAGUGUGGGUGGGGUGACGUGCCGGGGGCGAGUCAGAGAGAGAGGGAGAGGUGAGCGGUACUCAAGGGUGGCGGGGGAAGCGGGCGGGAGGGGCGAAUUGAUUUUGUUGGGAAUUGUAGAGAUGAGCUGGUGGGGCAGUGAGAGAAGAUAGAUCCGGGGUUGCGAGGACUGGGUGGAGGUGGCGCUGGCGCUGUUUGCAUUUUCUCAUUAAUUUUUUUUGGGGGUCGGUGUUGGUGCAUUGCAUUGACCGAUCUUGAAGAGGCGUUGCGGGGAGUGGAGCGGUGUGGAGUAGAGAGGAGAGGAGAAGAGGGGACGAGGACGAGGACGACGAGGGCCUGGGCUGGGCUGGCUGGAGUUGGUUUGCUUCUCCAUAUCCAAAAUUUCUGAGACUGAUCUCCGGACAGGCAAAUGAAAACCUCGCUUUUGAACAUUGUAGAUUUUUUGGCUCACUUUCUGGGCUCAUUAGCUCGUUGCGUUUGCUGUCUGAGCUUUUGGGAACUCCUCUUUUGGGACGACUUCGCAGAGGCUGAGCAGUUCUAGACUCAUAGACAGACAGACAGACAGACGCAGAUUCCUCGUCCUCUUCUUUCUCUUUCUCGUUCCUCCAUACUUAUGCAGGAAUCAUGGCACCCAUCGCCUUGGAUGCUGGUGCUGCUGCUGCAGAGUAGUGGAUCCUUUGAUCUGGAGAUGGCAUUGGUGCCGAUCGGACUCGUCGACGGGCAAUGACGAUCAUGCCACUGAAGGAGGCCGGGUCGAAGGAUUACUACUGAAAGAUGGGUGCGUGGGGUAGAUAUAGCCCCUUGAGGCGGAUGCAGUUGUACAAAGAGAGGAAGCCGCAGAAGCUAUGGUUGGAGCUCCUCGGAAAGUCAUACGUUGGACUCAUCUACUGGACAGUGCUAGUAGAGUUUCUACGCAACGUGUUCUGGUUUCAACUGCGUGCAGGACACUUGGCUCCGCAGCUGGGCUUUCUUGCAUACCUCUUCAUUCCAUCGGUGGUAGUCGGUCGACCUUUCUUCCGCCAGUUCCUUGAGAAGCAUCCAUGGUCUCGGGCAUUGCUGGUUAUCGGAGGUGUGCUUGGAUUAUGGGGUCAGUGGUACCAUUCGGCCGUCAGGAGAGUUACCUUGUCUGCCACAGGUGUUGGGCUUUUGGGAAUAUAUGUAUGGGAAGGAAUGUGGGCUGCUACGACUGCUCGCCGCGAGCGUACUGCGUUUGGAAUGGUUGGCGGCAUUCUUCUGUUGCAGGUGCUGAAGUGGGCAUACGCCGGGGCCAACCCCUUGGUGGCCAGGUGGUGGGGCUUAUUGUUCCUCGGUAUAAUUCCUGGAGUUUGCACUGCUCUAUUGGUCUUGAGCGAGGACCUAGCUGAGUCAGAAGGCGGGGAGCUGCAAAGCUUUUUUGAGGAAGAGUUGGACGUUGAGCUGGAAGAUAUCACAACCGACGAUCCGUUGCCCUUUCACCCCGUUGAUUCUUGGAGGUAUACUAAACUGGAAGUCAUAAAUCCAGCAGUCAGAGCUUUAAAUGGAGGAGACAGGAAUACCAGCGAUUCUUCGACGAUUAGGUUGUCAACUGUGGACAUUCCGAUGAGCGAAAGCUCUGGUGAUGCAGGUCGGUUUCAAAAUGGCGAGCAAAGCAGUGACGGCGACAACUUACCCCAAUGGUCUAAAGUCCCCAUGGAAGUCACGCAAAAGUCUGCAAACGAGGAGACAGCAGCUGGAAGGCAUUCAAGGAGAACAUCUGAGGAAUCUGGGUACCAAGAUAUCAAGUGGCACGACGAAGAACAGGAGCCCAUUACAGAAGAUGUUGUUCUGAAGCAGGUUGGAUCAGGAACGGAAAGUCUCCAGGAGCACAAGUUGGACGAGAUCACGGAGACAAGUUCACCAAAGUCCACAAAGGAGGACAUACUCCAUAAAUUUACAGCUUGGAGUGGAGGCUUUGGAGUGGAUGCGUUCAGAGAAGCAAGGACCGACAGUGGUCUUCGGGAAGUUGUAGACUCGCCUGUCUAUUCAGAAAGAAAGGAUGAAAGUCCGGUUGCAGUACAACCACUUAGCUCUUCCAUGUCAAAUAGACGGUGGGGGGAGGGUGAGGAGGUACCGUGGUUGAUGGAGAUACAAGGAAACAACGACAUCACAGACAGUGAACUGGACCCCUUUAGACACAAAGACACAAAGUGGAACAUAAGCAGCUGUAUUCGCACGGCGCAAAGAGGAAUUUGGUCUGGGAGUCUCUUAUUCAUUACUCAUUGGAUCUUAACGGCACCAACUUCAUAUUCCCGCUGGGAGGGUACUUCAGUGGAACAGGGAUGGUUCUCUAUAUUGUCUCUGACACUUGGACUUCUCGCUGCUACUGAGUAUCCAAGGAUAGUCUGCCUCCGGCGUACACAAGGCAUUGUGUUUUGGUCACUUGCUGCAGUAGGUGCUAUACUAUUCAUGCUCUAUCCAGAAGGAGCUAUGGUAGGAGCCGCAUUGCUUGCAUUCUCGGCCCCGUCUCUGUGGAUCUCAAUUGCUCAGUUCAAUCUGGAAACGUAUCCCGGAAGUGGACUGGGUAUCAUGGUUUUUAUCUACGUCACGUUUACCUUGUGGAGUACAUGUCUUGUCGCCUACCAAUCCAUUCCUGAGCUAGGCUUCCUGCGUGGCACGAGGAAUAUCUUGAUGGGCUUUGCAGUCACAGGGAUUGGACUAGGUGUGGGCAGAGAAGCAUUCGCUGCGUUCAAAGAGAAAAAAGAAAGAGACAUGGAUACACAACGUGGCAUAUUCAAAGGACUUACAAAUUCCGAUAGUGAAGUCCCUGGACGUCAGGCCGUUGGAGCAUUAAUAGCUGUGGUCGGACUGAUUGGAUUCAUCGCGUUGGGAGUGCGUGUCCAACACAGCGCCCCUAAAUUUUUACCUAUAGGUGGUUCUCUGAAAGUUUUGAACUUCAAUGUUCAACAAGGUUUUAGUCGAGCAGGGACUGCCAACUACGAUUCCGUCCUCAAUAUGCUUCGUCGGGAACAACCUCACGUUGUAAUGUUACAAGAGAGUGACACGAUGCAUAUUGUUCAUGGAAACAUUGAUACGAUCGAUUAUCUUUCAAUCUGGCUGAGGAUGCACAGUCUGUAUAGCCCUCCAACAAAGUCAGAUACAUGGGGAUGUGCCAUGCUGUCAUUCUAUCCAUUCGUUUACUCCAAAUCCGGAGUUUUCGUAUCCCCCAAAGGAGAAAACUCAUGCUAUCAAUAUGCUCAAAUAGAGGUCGGUGGGAAACUAGUCCAUCUUCUGAACGCCCAUUUCGGAACGUUGGAAAACGAAAUAGCUCUUCAGGCUCAGGAUUUUGCUGCCCUCGUGAAGACCAUUUUCGACACGCCUGAAAAUGAGAGAGUGUACCUAGUCAUGGCCGGGGACUUGAAUAGUGAACCGUUCAGCUCAAGUUACAACGCCACUCUUUCAUCGGGUCUGCUCGGUGACGCGUUCGUCAGUCGGAAUGGAGGAGAAAAUUACCAUCGGGACCCUGGUGCUGGUUACAUUUUCUCAUCAUCAGCCUUCAACUGUACAUCUUGGGAAGAGCCUUACUACGACCAGCAGAAAACUGCAGACGGUUACCCUGUCGUUGCUACCUUCGAAUUUAUAUGAACAGCGAGCAACCAGCCGAAUUGACGACGUGCAGACGACCUUGUUAAGACCACUAACAUAGAUGUUACGUAAAUCCAUUCAUUUUCUUCUCAUGUGCUCUAAGUGGCAGCCUUUGUAAAUUAUCAUCCAUGUAGCUUAGAACAUUUUGACCUGCUGCCAGUGAUCCAUUGAUUCUGGCAACAAAUCAGGAAACCUUGACCAUACGGCCGAUGCCAUAGGAUGCGCACACAUAGAAGAGAGGGAGAGCUGGGAAAUGGAGCAUUAUAUACAGCACAGGCUUUGGAAGCAAAUUCUAUUCAGCAUUCAGCAUUCAUCUAUGAUUCUUUUUCUGCGAUUGAAGCAGAUCGCGCAAUGGUUUAAUGUCUGCUACGACACCGGCAGUAUCACUUGUUUCAGCCUUACUUCCGCUUUUGGUCACAGACCGUCGCAGACAACGGUUUGAGUUGCUUCUACAACCUGUGCAUUUUCAGACCAGGAAUUGUUGAACAAUGUGUUUUGAUUUUUCUUUCGUUAAGUCUGAUAAUAUCCAUCUAGAAGGGGCCAUGUAUGUAACUAUCCUGCGUUGCUUAUGAUUUGAAUAAGACAACGAAGGCAAGAGGCUUUGACAGAGAUUGGAAAGACCUGGAAAAUAGCAUCUUAGAUUUGUAGUCAGGUACAUGCUGUACUUUAUUUUAUCUUAUCGCUUCACGAGCAGGCAGGAGCACCUGGCUUAAAGCUCGCCUAGGAGAAUGAGCCAUGCCCUGUAUUCGAAGCUGCAGCCAGCGGCUGCUAUUUCGAUGCAUUGUGCCAAAUCACACGAGCAAGUUAAUUGCAUUUUGUUUCUGCUCUGCAGCAGAUAUCAUGCUAAUUUGAAUCUCAUAACAAUGUCCAACCACGAUUAGAGCGGGGGGAAGACAUUUUGUAAAACUCUCAGUAACCCGUGCAUUCCAUUUACCUCAAUUUCAACGGUGGGCGGCCCUGGUGUUCCUCCUAAAAUAACCUGG